CCACAUCAGCUUCAAAGGCAGAGGGAAUUGAACGUGCUCCCAGCUUUGGACACUUCCUCUGCUUGAGUUAAUUUCAGAUGUGCACAAAGAUAAUCCCAGUCCUCUGGGGAUGUUUCCUCCUGUGGAAUCUCUACAUAUCAUCUUCUCAGACCAUUUACCCUGGAAUCAAGGCAAGGAUUACUCAGAGGGCACUUGACUAUGGUGUUCAAGCUGGAAUGGAGAUGAUUGAGCAGAUGCUAAGGCAAAAGAACCUCCCAGAUUUAAGCGGUUCUGAGUCUCUUGAAUUUCUAAAGGUUGAUUAUGUGAACUACAAUUUUUCAAAUAUAAAAAUCAAUGCCUUUUCAUUUCCAAAUACCUCACUGGCUUUUGUGCCUGGGGUGGGAAUCAAAGCACUAACCAACCAUGGCACUGCCAACAUCAGCACGGACUGGGAAUUCAAGUCUCCAAUUUUCCAAGACACAGGAGGAGCUGAUCUGUUUCUGUCCGGCGUCUACUUUACUGGUAUCAUUAUUCUAACCCGAAACAACUUUGGUCAUCCUAUCCUGAAGCUCCAAGAUUGCUAUGCCCAAGUGAGCCAUGCCCACAUUUCAUUUUCCGGAGAACUCAGUGUCCUGUAUAACUCAUUUGCUGAGCCCAUGGAGAAACCCAUUUUAAAGAACUUAAAUGAAAUGCUCUGUCCCAUUAUUGCAAAUGAAGUCGAAGCACUGAAUGCCAACCUCAGCACACUGGAGGUUUUAACCAAGAUUGACAACUACACUUUGCUGGAUUACUCACUAAUCAGUUCUCCAGAAAUUACUGAGAACUACCUUGACCUGAACUUGAAGGGUGUAUUCUACCCAUUGGAAAACCUCGUUGACCCCUACUUCUCACCAGUUCCUUUUGUGCUCCCAGAACGCAGCAACUCCAUGCUCUACAUUGGAAUUGCCGAGUAUUUCUUUAAAUCUGCAUCAUUUGCUUAUUUCACAGCUGGAGCUUUCAAUGUCACUCUCUCCACCAAAGAGAUUUCCAACCAUUUUGUUCAAAACUCUCAAGGCCUUGGCAAUGUGCUCUCCCGGAUUGCAGAGAUCUACAUCUUGUCCCAGCCCUUUAUGGUGAGGAUCAUGGCCACAGAGCCUCCUGUGAUCAAUCUACAACCAGGCAACUUCACCCUGGACAUCCCUGCCUCCAUCAUGAUGCUCACCCAAACCAAGAACUCCACAGUUGAAACCAUCGUUUCCAUGGACUUCGUUGCUAGUACCAGUGUUGGCCUGGUUAUUUUGGGACAAAGACUGGUCUGCUCCUUGUCUCUGAACAGAUUCCGCCUCGCUUUGCCAGAGUCCAAUCGCAGCAAUAUUGAGGUCUUGAGGUUUGAAAAUAUUCUGUCCUCUAUUCUUCACUUUGGAGUCCUCCCACUGGCCAAUGCAAAAUUGCAGCAAGGAUUUCCACUGCCCAAUCCACACAAAAUUUCAUUCGUCAAUUCAGAUAUUGAAGUUCUUGAGGGGUUCCUUUUGAUUUCCACCGACCUGAAGUAUGAAACAUCCUCAAAGCAGCAUCCAAGUUUCCAUCGUUGGGAAGGUCUGAACCUGAUAAGUGGAUGGUGGAGGGGGAAGUCAGCCCCUUGAUUGCUGGUUUACGAUUCACCCCAGGCAGUAAAUGGUCCUUAAUCCCACAACUACUGUAAACCCAGAAGGGGAAGACACUACACACUAGAAUUGUAAAGCCCUUGUGAAUUGCUUAAGCAGAAAGUUUUCUUUCUCAAGCCUUCAGGAACCUAGAUUAAGGCAGACUGUGUUAAAGGGCUAAAUAGAGGUGUCUGAAUGUGAGUGUAAGUAUGCUGUGUGUGCCUUUGUGUUUGUUCGUUUGUUUGGGACAAGAGCUAGGCAUGUACUUCUGACCAGGUAGGUAAGAAACUGUAAGCCUAGUAUUUGUAUUGGUCAUUCUCAGUGGAGAUCCCUUAGGCCCUCCGUGGAUUUUCCCCUGUCUACAUAUUGGAUUUCACAUUUUAUAUUCACUGUUACUGUCUUAUGUGUUUAAUUAAAAUUGUUUUCUAUC